AUGGCCUCGCCUAUUGCAGCACUGCCAGGCUUCCCUUUCUUCUACGCCAUACCGAUUGAUGGCCAGAUCAGAGAGAUACCUUCAGACUCACAGCCACAGAUAUGGCCUGAAGAACUGAUAGACUUUCCUGAAGACUACCACUACACUCUUCUUCAGCUCAAUCCACCACCGUAUCACUCCAAACCACUGCCACCACGACCCAAGCAGUCAUUACCACUGGCACUUCGGAUGCCAGAGUUGGAUGAGACAGCCAACCUCAAGAACCCCAGCUACUUACCCAUCAUCGUCCCAGAUGACGAUGUGAUCACGCCUCAGACAGUCCGAGCCAGGACAGAGCCCGUGAUUAGCAAGUCCAAGACGCAACGUCGGAAAAUCCGAUACCCAUCUUUACCAAUUGGAAGAUGGGCUCAACCAGCGUCCGGUAACGAUGGUCAUUCAAAAGACAUCAAUGAGUACGCAAAGACGAUACCCCAGGAUUCUGUGAUCAUUCACAAGCGAAAACUCCGAUUUCCGUCAAUAGCAAACCGACCAUCAUGGUCCUCGUUCAGAGCAUCGUCACCAAGUCCACUAUCAGCAUCAGCAUCAGCAUCGACAUCAACCUUUCUCGGCUUCACCAAGGCAACGGAGAUGCCUCCUGAGCUAGAGGCAAUUGAGACUGUGAGCCCUCUCAGUCCCUUCAUGGAGCUUGACUCUACUCCCAUCAGCGAGUUGUCAUCUGAGAAUUCUUCACCGCAAUCAUCACCCUCUUUACCAGAGGAGAAAUCGGUUUCUGUUUUUCAGGUGCAAUUUUCGUCGCCUCAGGCUCCAUCUGAGCUGGAUACUCAUGUCCCGAGUACUCCAAUGUUACCGAAUCGAUCACCUUAUCGAUCGUGGUAUCAUGACGAUGAUGCGGGAGAACUCUCAGUACUCUCAGUACUCUCAAUGCCUCCACUCACAGAAGACAAUGAUGACCCGCCUCCUCCUCAUUCAGCUGACUGCUCACCUCCUCCACAUGAAGAGGCAGCUUCCGCACCAGGAUCGCCGUCAUCAUUCUUAGACCUGGAUACCGAUGACUCGAACAACACCUCCACCCGUUCUUCACGGUCACAGAUUCCAAAACAGCCCGAGACCAAAGAGCUAGGAACCGAUGUGAAGGACCCAAAAGAUUUCGAGGGCGACGUGAAGGAGAACGUCCCAGACUUAGCCAGUCUACCAGCGCGGCCGCAAUCAUUUUUGCUCAUGACGGAAGAAGAGGUCAGCCAGGCGGAGAUCAUUGAAGAUAUCUUCAUCAUGCUGCAUGAUUUGCAGCCCAACUACCUCCAUCCCGCUCAUAGACCACAACCGAAUGUUGUCAGGAUGUCUAUGAUGAGGCGGUUUGCUACUCAGAUUGCUCACGUUGAGCAAGUGAGGGAGAAGAAUGAGAAGGAAGAGAAGGAGAAGGACGAAAAAGACUCCAAUCAGGAAAAGAAAUGA